UGUUUGGAGGCCCAAAACGACAUCGUUAGUAUGUCCUAUAAAUACAUCAUAUAGUGCUGUUCUCGGGCAGAACUCGAAUUCCUCUCAGCUUUGUUUUCAACUCGCGUGAAGGAGAGAGAUUCGUUGUUUGUGAGUGUCAGUAAUGGAAUACGGUUCAUCCUCUGAUCCGAGUCAGUCUACAUUUUCUAUCAUAGAUGAGGAUCAUACCUUGGCAAACUCUGUCAGAUUUACCUUAAAUCAAGACCCAAGAGUGGCAUUUUGUGGGUACAGCAUUCCUCAUCCUUCAGAGAAUCGUGUUAAUAUCAGAGUCCAGACAACGGGGGAUCCAGCAUCUGAGGUAUUAAAAGAUGCAUGUCAAGAUCUGAUGCUUAUGUGCCGGCAUGUUAGAAGCACGUUUGAUAAGGCAGUCAGUGAUUUUAAAAAACAGCAAGGCUAGGAUAAAAUGGAUAUCGAGUAGUAUACUGGCUAUAGUUUCAAUUUGUUUUAAGUUGAUUUUGCUUUGCGUCAUUGUUCUUGAUAGUUGGGUAUGUAAGUACUGAUAGUUUUAUUUUGCCCAUGUAGCAGAUACACUAAAAUAUGAUGAGCAGGAAAAGGUAUGUGCCAAAAUAGUAUUCGUAAUCAGUUUUCAAAUAUAA